AUGCUGUGCACAGACCAGCUGCGCACGGACCAACGCGCACAGCCUGCCCUAAUCUCCCCAUCUGCCGGCGUUCCUCGGAACCCCACACACUCACUUUUCCUUUCCCAUAGGUUGGGUGGUGCGCACCCCUACCGUACCCUACGAUACUACGCGCACCUCCCCUUCCUCCCCCCAUCCAACGUGGCUGCCUGCCAAGGCCAAGUCCACACAUUUGACUCACAGGACCUCAUCGACAUCUACAUCCCAGACGGUCCUGAGACUAUCAUCUACCGUUGCGAGCAGCAACCGUGCCCGAACCGAACACCCCGAUCGAUCCCAGAAGACUACCCGCGCUACAAAGCGAUCCGACGAGCGCAACACCCGCUCGGACCCCGAAGCACCCUAGCAUCUCGAUCGGCCUCGUGGCACUCUCGCCCUGUCUCCCCUAGCUCACGCCUCCCUCAAACUGUCGUCGCCGAUCCAGGUCAAGCGCGAGGAGAUCUCCCUCCAGACCCUGCGCCAGAGCCUGAGCCUGAGGAGGGUGAGGGUGAAGAAGGAGUCUCGGAGUCCGAGUCCGAGGAUUCUGUUGGGUCCACCUCGCCGACAGUGCUCGCCCCCGCGUCAGCAGUCCCUGAUGUACGUGACCCCCCCACUGAACUUCCUUCGGCGCCUUCACCGCUGACUCCGCCGAGAGGCCGCUCGAGCACUCGCUGUCGCGACUUAGGGUCAAGCGACAGAGGAAAACCAAACAAGGCGCUGGGGGCGUUCGACUUAGUUCUUACCGAAGCGAUGGUGAGCUAG